AUGGUUAAAGAACAAAUUCAUCAAAAACAGACGGAAGUAUGGAAGGAAACCAUCAGUGCAAAACCGAAAUUAAAGCACUUGCAAAAAAGUCACACAAGUUUAAAGCCGCUUCAACACUGGAGUGUAACAAAGCGCAAUCCCUGCGUGCGAGAGAUAAUAGCUAAUCUG